ACGGCAGGCAGCUGAGCACUAUAAAAGAACACUGCAUCCUCUCGGGAGCGAUUAGUAGCAAAGCAGAACUGUCCGUUUGUACAACAUUUCCGUUUUUUCUUCCGUGCAUUUUAAAGUUGAACGAAGAUCGCAUUAAGAACCAUGGCAAAGUUUAUGGUGUCCAUGCUGGUGUUGACCGUCGUCGUCAUGAUGGUUAGCGCACAAGGUUAUGGUGGACAGCAUGGUGGCGGUGGCGGCCAACAUGGUGGUGGUGGCCAUCAUGGUGGUCAAUUCGGUGGCGGCCAGCAUGGUGGUGGUGGUGGUGGACAUCAGGGCGGCUUCCAGGGCGGUAACCAUGGAUUUGACGGUGGACACGGUGGACACGGUGGAAAGAACGUGCACGGAGGCGGACACGGUCAAGGCCAUGGACAAGGAUUCGGAGGCGGCCACGGUCAAGGCCAAGGUCAUGGACAUGGUCAUGGUUACAAAGCUCACGGCUAUUGAGUGAAUAGAAUCUAACUGUUUAAGGAUAUAAUAAAUGUGAUUUGAUACUGUA